ACUCUCUCCAGCGCUUCCCGAGGCGACGGUACUGCCAACCCCACGACAAAGAGGUGAGACAUGCAGUCGUCGACCAACCCGUUCGCGGCGAGCAGCCAGCCGCAGUACGGCACGGACAACCAGAACUACGGGGCCCCUCUGAAGUCCCUGGACGGGCAGGGCGGGCCCUUCUCCCCGGAGGCGCAGAAGUUCGAGGAGUCCCUGAUGGGCGAGCAGGGCCCCCCGCCGGCCUACCCGCUGCCGAUCCAGGGCCACCCCGGCUACCAGGCCGUCAUGUCGUCGCUGGCCGGAGGAGGCCAGAGGCACAACUGCCCGCUGUGCGACGUGGUGGAGGUCAUCUCCCGCGAGGAGCCGCACAGCGUGCCGCAGAAGAUCGAGACGCCGAUGCAGGCCAUGUUGGACCUGUGCUGCCAUUUCUACUGCGGCAACACGUGGCUCAUGGUCACCAAGUACUGGAGGAGCAGGAUCGUGUGGAAGGCCCUCUGCUAUCCGCUGGCGGUCAUCGUCCUCCUGGUGGUCAUCGUGAUGCUGAUCUCCAUUUAAUUCACUGAGACAGCUUUGGAUCAGUUUCUCUCAGAUGUAUGAACAUGACGAUCUAUUUGGGUCUCCUUAAUCUACCAUGAUGAUGACAACAAAGUGAGGAUCUUCUAGAAUGUCUCUGCUGUCAUUAAUCCUUCUGAUGGUUCACGGUGUUCUAUCUCACUUUAACUCGCAGAAUAUGUGUGACUAUGUUCCACCUAAGUUCUAGCUUCGUUUACCUUGGUGAAAUUUUAAUCCCGUUUUGAUUUUUCAAUGCCAGCAUAGUUAAUACUGUUUGCCACAGAAAAUUAGCACCCUGCGACAACCACAUGGGAUCUUAUCUGGCACUUACCCUUCUUCAGCAACAUUGGCUCGUUGUCUGCAAAUACUGAGAUUUUGGGGGUCAUCUCGCUACUCACUGCUGUCCUUAAAGUCUUCGUUAGCAUUAUCAUUGUGUCAUCUUCCAAUAUUAGACUGUCCAAAAGAUCUCAAUAGUAUUAAUUAAAUUAGGCAUUGUCAGGAGAUACUGUGAUGUAGUUGAAGUCACUUUCUAACACAACAUUACCUUAUUACAAUACCUAAAAUGUUGCGAUAUUGUGCUUGAAAAUACCUGAUGAUGGUUAAUAAGUAUGAAUUAGAAUUUCUGUCACUAACCACAGUCACUUCCUCAAAAUAUAGUCCUUUUAAACUGUUUCUACACUGCAAACUCCUCUCUAAAUUUAUUUAUUUUUGCCCCACAAACAUAGUUCAGACCAUUAUUUGGAUAAUAAAAACAGCUUCAUGCAGUAUUCAUGCAGUAAUGAAUGCAUGUACACACCCUAGUAGUAUCGGUCACAAGAUUAGUGAAUAUGUUUGAUGCUUAUAAGUAUAAAUUUCAUUCGCCUCGACAAUGCCAACCAGCCUGGAUGUUGAAAUUUGCAAGGCCGUAGCACCUCAUUGACGUCCUGAAUGUCAUAAGCCAAAAUGUAUGCCAAAAAGCAUGCCGCAGAAAGUCAAUGCCUCACAAUAAGCCAUGCAGGAACUGUGCCGUUAUUAUACUUCAGCACAAUCACAAUAAUUGUUUUAAUGGAAAGUAGAAGAGGAUUACCUGGAAGACUUUCUGAUAUCCUAUUGAUCACUUUUUGAUAUCGUGGCCCUGAAAUUUGUCAUUGUACAUUUUUUUUAAACAAAGCAUUGUCCUGAUACUUAUUAAUAAAUUAGUUUUAAUGGUUUAUAGGUACAUCAAUAUUCGGAUACUUUUCUAACUCUAGUUUUUUGUAAUAUUUAGAGUUGCAAUUGUGUUGCAGAUUCAUCUCACUCCAGGAUAAACUCCAAUUGUUUUUUGUAAAAUAUAUUCUUUUUAGAAUAUUUAUUUGUCGAUAACAAGAUUAAGUCCUUUGGCGUGUUAUACGUGAUUGAGUAAUCACUAAACACUACUUCUCCUUGUUUAUAACUGGCUUAGGGUCGUUACGGGCGUGUCCAGAACACUGUAGUCCAAUCACCAACUCGCAGCCGAUGUUUAAACAAAAUAUGCAUCAAAUAUACUUUGCUAGUCAUAAAUCUGUUAAAUAAUCAUGGCUCUAUUUAUAUCCAUGCAUAUGCAAUAUUUACUGCUUAUUGCUCACUAUGGGGAUAACUUUCUUUGUAAGAACACACAAUACAAAAAAAAACUAGCUUUUAUUUGGCAAACCUUUAUAAACGUACAUACUGUCUAUAUAAAUGUACAUACUUUCCAUCAUAUGCCUAAGCUUCUUUCCUAGAGAUUAACCGACGUUUUACAGGCCCUUUUCUGACCCCAAAUUGACGUUGUUUGUUUACACUGUCCUAAUAACUACUUUCUUCUUGGUUUAGUUUCUUCUCCUGUUUCAUCCUCCAAAGCCGCAGUCUUUUGGAGCUACGUAUUACUACUUGAUGCCAGAUGUAUGCAUAAAAAUUGAUUUUCUGUUUCACGAGUACGUUUCUCUUGGAAGUUAGGAAGGCUACGAUUUAAAAAAAAAUAUCCCUUUUGGCACAGAUUUCGAAGAACAUAUUUCUUCUGGAAACACCUAGAAACCUCUAUAAAUUUUUGGAACAAUUUAAAAACUUGAUGUACAUGACAUCCCAUAUGUGGUAAAAUAUUCCAAAAUAGUAAAAAAAAAAAA